UGUCUGUAUGCGCACUGUGACGCGUAUCAAUUGUGAAAAAAAAAUAAUUUAACAGAUUGUUCUUAUCACUUAUCAGUUUUUAUAUUCAGUUCAAUAAAUAUAACAGCAUCCACAACGGCAAUAAUUUUAUACAAAAUAAUCAAUUAUCAUUAUAAAUUAUCACAAUUAAAAAAACCAUCAUUAAUCAAUCAUAAUUAAUUAUAUAAAAAUAAUAAUAAUUUUUUUAAUAAACAGUGCAAAAUACAUUACAAGUGAUCAUAUGUUUAAAAUUAAAAAAAAAUAAAAUAAUAAAUAAAUCACUGUCAAUAUUGUCUCUUAUUAAUUUUAAUUGUUUAAUAAAAAAUAAUAAUAAUAAAAUUAAUUAACAAAGGUUAUGAACUCCAAAUUUGAUAAAAAUCAAUCGAAUUUUUUAAUCAUUUACAGGUGAAUUGUAUUAUAUUUAUUUAUAUUUUUUUUUUGUGUUGAAAUAUUAUCAUUAUGUCAGAAAAGUGCAAGGAGUGUGGUUGUGACUGCAAAACAUGUUAUAAACAUGAAAAAUUAGGUAAACGUAAUAGUGAUAUACAUUUACAUGCUGAAAUUGAAAAUUUACAUCGAACAUUGGCUGAGAAAAAUAAUCAUAUUGUUAAAAUGGAAACUCAAUUUUUAAAUGAUGCUGAUAGAUUUCCAAAUGGUGAAUUAGCAUCAAUUAGAGAAGAAUUACGUACAUGUCAAGAUAAAUUUAAUCGUUUAUUUGAUGCACAUAAAAGAAUACAAAAAAUUAAUCAAAAUCUUGAAGAUAAAUUAUUAGUAAUUGUUGAUAAAUGUGAGACUGAAAAAGGUGCCUUUACCAAGGACAUUGCAACACUGUCACAUAGAUUAGCUGAUGCUAAUUAUACAAUUCAUAGAUUAUCUCAAGACAAUUCAAAAUAUAGGAAUGAUGUCAACUUGGCAAUACAAUUACUUCAAUGUAAACCAUCAAAUUUCGUUGGACAAAAAUAUGAUUCGCUACCAAGUGAAGUACAAGCAAAAGUUAAAACUUAUAUAUCACAAAAACGUCGUUCAAGUGAUAUGUCACCAGUUGAUGUUAAAAGUAUAACAGUACCAAUAUCAACAUUUCCACCAACAGCAAUGGUUUACAAUAUAAGCAAACAAAAUAUUGAAAAACACAGUGAUGAUGAGAGUGAUGAUAAUAAAUCACCAAUUGACAUUGUAUCAUCAUCAAUAAUGGCUAAAGUAUUGGAAGAUCGUGAACGUGAAAGAAUAUUUGCAAAACAUUGUGACACAUGUGUUUGUCAUAAAACAAUAUUAAUGGUUGAUUCUGAAUGUCAAACAAUAGUACCACCACCAUUAUCAUCAACAACAAUAUCAAAAACAACAUCAACUCCAAUGACAACAAUGAAUUAUCAAGAUAAUAACACUGAUGACGAUGAUAUUGAUAAUAAUUAUGUUAAAAAAAAUCAAAUAAAUGGCUAUACACCAAUUCGUCAAUCAGCAAGCCAAACAAAAAUCCAAAUAAAUGAAAAAAAUAUACAAAAACUACAAACAAUUAAACUAAAAAGUAAACUAAAUAAACAAACAAGUGAAUUACAUACACCAUUACUAAAAAAUAAUACAAAUGAUGAUAAAUUAUUAUUGCUAAAAAAUAUGAAUGACAAUGUUGAUUAUGACGUUGAACCAAUUGACAUUAUCAAUGAUAGAUUAUGGAAAAAUUCAUGGAUUGAUAAUAAAAAAUUAAUUGAUAAUAAAUUAUUAACAAAUGAUAAUAAUAAUUUAAUUAAACAACAAAAAAAUGAUGAAACAUCUAUUGAUGUUAUUAAUGAAAGAGUAUGGAUUAAAUCAUCAUUACCAUCAUCAUCAACACCAACACCAACAGCAACAAGAACAUCAAGAACAACAAGAAAAACAACGAUUAAUAAUAAUAGUAAUAAUAAAUUGACUCAUAUUGAAGUUAAAAAUAUUGCUGAUGGACAUGAAUUAACAACAACGACAAGUCCAAGUUUCAGUAGUGAUAGUAUUGUUAUAUCAAGUUCAGAACCAUCAAGUAGUUCAAGUGAUCUUUUACAUAUUAAUAAUAAAAAAUUAAAUACUAAUAAUAAUAGCUUACGUAUUAAUCAAUGUGAUAAACAUGAAUUAUUAUCUAAAAAUAUAUUAUUAGAUAAUGCACGUAAUAAUUAUGAUAAUGUUGUUUAUACAAGUUCUGGUAGUUUAAGUGAAAGUGUUAAUUUUCCAAUUAAAUCAACAACAGCAUUGGUACAUCAUAAUAAUAAUAAUACUAAUAAUAAUAAAUUAACAAGAACAUUAUCAACAAGUAGUGAUGAAACAUUUCCAACACUUCCACAUGAUGCUGGACAAUUACAACGAGUUGCUGAAUGGGUUAAAUCAUCAGUUAGUAAUCCCACAACAACAACAACAUCAACAACUUCAUCAUCUAAAAAAAUAAUAAAAAAUAAACCAUUACAUACACUUAUUGAUAUACCAGCUGAUUCAACAGUUGAUAGAAAAAAAAAUCAAGCAUCAACAUCAUGCACAACAACUGAUAUUGAUAAUAAAUUUUUAAAUAAAAAUAAUGUUUUAUUGAAAAAUGAUAAUAAUAGUAGUGUCAAAGAUUUAAUAACAUUUGAUUCGACAAAUGAAGAUGAGGCUGAUUUAAUAUGUCAAGAUAAAAAUUUAGAUAGUUUUAAAAAAAAUGAUUAUGAAGUUAAAAUGACUAAAGAAAUGAAAGAUACAUAUUUAACAUUAGCAGCAUGUUUAGAUCCAGUAUCAUUGAGUUUAUCAACAUCAUGUACAAAUUCAAAUUUAACUAUUGAAAAUUAUCGUAAAGAUCAUAAAAAAAAUCAAUUGUUACAAAAAAACUAUGAUAAAAAUGAAUCAACAACAUAACAAUUUUAUAUUAUUUAUCAAAUUAAUUAUAUAAUUCUUCCAUUUUUUAAAAACUAAAUUCUUAAUUUUAUAAAAAAUAUUUUCUUUACUUUUUUUUUUUUUAAAUAAAAGGAUAAUUUUUUAAAUCAAAUUUAUACUUUAUGAUUUUUAUUUUGUCAAAUGUAAAUUUUGAUUCUUCAAGGGCAUCAUCAAUCAAUUAAAAUUAAUUAAUAUUCCGCAUUAAUGAAUUUAAUGUUGUUAUUAUUAUUUUUUUUUUUUUUAAAUAAAUUGGCAUUGCAUGAUGUUUGGCUUUGUAUUAAAAUAUUUAAUCGGAAGUAUUAUGUCUUCUGAAUAAAAAAAAAAAAAUAUAAAUAAUAAUAUAAAUUAAUAAAUAAAAAUAUAAAAUUGUGUAUGAAUAAUCGACAAUUGCUUUUUAAUAAAAAUAUAAAUAAAAUUGUUAAUGCAUUAUUUAAAAUACAGUAUUAUUUUUUAUUUUAUAAUUUACGUUGAAUAAUUUACUAUGAUGCCAAAUGAUGAAAAAGAAAUCGGCCUUUUCUAGUUUAUAUAACCAAAUUAGAAAGAAAAAAUUAUGAACCAAGAAAUAAAUUAAUGAAAAAUGUUUGAAAAUAUGUAGACAGUUUGAGUAUUAUUCUUCUAUUGCAAUUUUAAAAUGAAAAAUAAAUGUGUAAAGUUAGAUUAAAUGUCGUAAAAAAAAAAUAUACUUUGUAUAUAUAAUAAAAAUAUAUUAAUAAUAAAAAUGAAAAACAAUGUAUAAUAAAUUGAUAAAUGAAUAAAAAAAAUAUAUAUAUAUACAUAUAA